UUAAUCAAUUUCGCUUAAAACUGCAAAUGAUUUUAAAUCAGGAUUAUUUAAAUUUAAUACUAUAGCAAGUGGUGUAUAUUAAAUAGAUAUCGGUAAAUUAGAAGACGAUCUUUUAAUGGCAUAUGGUGAUUUUGAUGGAGACAAAAAUACAGAUAUGGUAACUAUAUCACAUGAUAAUAAAGUAAAUGUAAAUAUAUGGGAUACAAAUAUAGCAAAAUUUAAACGAUUUUAGUUGAUGAAAAAAUAAAAUUAAGAAACUUUAUGUGAAGGAUAAAUAGUGAAUAUAAUUCCAUCUGAUUACAAUUUUGAUGGAAAAUUAGAUGUAUUAGUAGUUUUAUAAUAAGAAUAAUUAUAUUGUGUAGAAUUUUGGAUACAAAUAUAAUGUUCUGUUUUUACAUGUUAAUUUGAAUUAACAUAAUAUAGUAAAUAAGAUAUUCUUAAAAAUUUAAAAGCCUAACCUUUCGUUGGAGAUUUUUUAGGUGAUCAUACUACAUCUUUAUUUAUUUAGACUUAAUAAGAUAGCAAAAGAUAUAUAAUAAAUAUAACUGAAAAUGAUUUAUUUAUUCAAGAAUUCAUUGAAUUAAUAACAGCUGGUGAUUAAUGCUUAGAAUAUUCAGGAACAAAUAAUAUUGAUAAUCCUCAUUUUAGUGCAUUUGCUGAUUUUAAUGGAGAUUGUAGAGCCGAUAUUAUUAUCUAGACUGUGACCCCUAAUGGAAAAAAAUAAUUAGAGUAUUGGGAAAAAACUGAUAGCGAUAAAUUUUGUUUAAGAGCAAUUUAAAAUUUUGAAAAGGAAGAUUUUGAAUUUUACUCAUUUGCAUUAAUUGAUAUUAAUUAUGAUGGUGGUACAGAUAUAGUAGCUUUAGCAAAUUAAAAAAGCACAAAUGAAAGUUUUAUAGUAAUAUCAUAUAAUAAAUAUACUGUAGGAAAAGAUCAUUUAUGUAUGAAAUUUUCAGAAUUUCCUUUUGAUGAAAUAUCUGUACUUGGAUAAUAUGUCAAUUAUAUUUAAUUAGAUUUUCGUUUCUAUAUAAAUGAAACGACUCCUUAUCCAAGAUUUAGUGAUAUUGAUUUAGAUGGAUAUCCUGAAAUAGCAUUGAUAAAAUAAUAAAAUUAAUAAAAUCCAAAUCAAGGAUUACCUAUUAUUUUAGCAAAUAAUAAAUGUAGUAAAGGAUGCGAUUAAUUAAGUGUAGGAGAAAAAAGAGGAUUCGAUUCUAAUGAAAAUAAAAAUAAUGAUAAAUAUAGACAUUAUGAUAAAUUUAAAUAUGUUAUUAGUCAUACAAUUUCUUUUUUGAUUUUAAUGAAGAUGGGCAUAUCGAUUUUCUUGUAAAUUCAUUAGUUAAUGGAAAAAAUUAAAUAAAAGGAUUUUAUGAUUUUGUUUCUACAGAUGCUUUUUUUGUAAAAUUGUUAGGAUUAAAUGGAUUUUGUGAUAAUACUUCAUGUUAAAGUAGUAAUUAUUAUGGAAUGA